AUGGUGGCAAAAGCUGUCCUUCUGUUCUGUGCUCAUGCACUCUUAGUUAAGUGUAUCUCUAGUCAAUACAUUGGUGGUGCAUGCAACCCUGCAGCUAAUGCCUUGGCUUAUGAGGCAGCGUGUAAUGCUGGACCGUAUGCAUUCUAUGGUCCCAUGGCUGCCUCUCCUUAUGUGGGCGCUGAAUGUGCAGUCGGCUACUCACCUGCUUCUCUCGCCGCUUCUAACGGAGGUGGUCUGGCUAUCACCAGUGCUUCUCCAAUCGCACCCACUGGUGUCUCGAUGACAUCUGAUAAUGUAUACGAAGGUCGUUUAGCUCUGUCUGGUACCAUUCCGUUCUUAGGAGCCGUAGCAUUAGAAGGGGCCCUACCCACAGCUGGCGCAGGCGCCGUCACAUACGGAUGUGGGAAUGGUAAUGUCGCUAUGCUGAGUGAGGACAUCGCGCCUGCUGGGUACAAUGCACUCGCCGGUGCGUACGGCUACGGACCGGGCGUAGCGGCUGAGUUAGGCUACGGAUACGGCUCUCCUCUAGCUUAUGAAGCCGGUUUCGCAGGACCUGGAUAUGGUCCCUACAGCUAUAGAAGCUGUGGUUGUGGAGCAUUU